CAGCAGCAGGUGAUUCAGCACCACACUCUUUCAUACUUCAAUCUCUGGGGCUCCUGUCUCUUUUACUGAACCUCUUCUCUCCAGGACCCCCCACAAAAGUCCAGUAGCUGCAACCUAUGUGGAUUUCAAUCUUAACCUAAGAGGGCUGGUGUGGGAGUGGGACAGAGUUGGAAUUUGAGGAUAGAAUCUAUUUCUUGUCCCCUUAUACUAGAAGGGACAUAUCUCUUUUCUUUAUCUCUUCUUGUCCUCGUAUUUUUCUCCCCCUUAUUCACUUGCCCACCCCAUCCCCCAUUUUCCACUCCUUCCUCUCCCUGUUCCCUAACCCCUUUCCCUGGCUAAUCUCCAGGGAAAGGAGACUUGGUUUCUCCUCUCUCUGUCGAGAGUCAGCUGAUGGUCUAUCUGCCUAUCUACCUCUAGUGACUGGAAGCUCUCGAUAGUGGACUCCAGCUCUGCUCUACCCACUGGCCUGGUGUAUGGUGCCAGUGGACUGGUAUCCUUGCCACCUGUUAGUAACAAGGCUCCCAAUGGAAGAAUAAACAUGGUCUGGAACUAAACUGGAAAGAAUAGAGCUGAUAAUGAUGAUUAUGAUGAUGUGGUGAGCGGCAGCAUUGGGGAGAAUUAAGAAGGGAGAAGAUAAAGGGAAGAGGAGAGAGCCACACAGACCGAGCUCCUUGAAUACCAGGAAUCAAAAGCUAAAACUCAACUAAUGGAGUUUGACCAGCAUUCAACACAGUCUGGGGGAGAGUGAAACGGGAAGCUGAAAGGCAACCAGGACCCUCUGGAUGCAAACUGCCAACCUAGAAUUGCCAAAGUACCCUUCUCUAUUUCAAUGUUCUUCCCUCCCCUCUUCCUCCUCUUUUAAAACAUCCAUAGAGCUGCCCAGAAUGAGUGGAAAGUUUUAGGGUCAGGGAGAACCUCUUCCCUCCCCCACUUUCCAUUGUCUAAAAUCAGCCUCAGCUGCUGCUAGAUUUUUUUUGCUGGUGAUGUCAGUUCAUCAAAGCGUCUCACCCUGUGUUCCCCCAGGAGAACAAUGAUGGGGUGGAGGGAGCUGGAAAGACCAUAUUAGGAACAAAAGGUGGAGCUAUGAGCACAGAUAAAGACUCAAGUCUGGGGACCUCCUGGUCACUCAGGCCGCAGCCCCUUCUUUCUUGCCCCAGUCUUCAGUUCUCCAGUGUUCACAGGUGAGCCUACCAACAGCCACUGCUCAUGAUGGAGGCCAUCAAGAAAAAGAUGCAGAUGCUGAAGUUAGACAAGGAGAAUGCUCUGGAUCGGGCAGAGCAAGCUGAAGCUGAGCAGAAGCAGGCAGAAGAAAGAAGUAAACAGCUGGAGGAUGAGCUGGCAGCCAUGCAGAAGAAGCUGAAAGGGACAGAGGAUGAGCUGGACAAGUAUUCUGAAGCUUUGAAGGAUGCCCAGGAGAAGCUGGAACUGGCAGAGAAGAAGGCUGCUGAUCUUUCUCAAGUCAGAAAGUACCCUCAGAGAUAUGUAUAAGAACAAGAAGAUAUGUAUAAGAACAGGAGAGGAAGGUUGUGGCCAGGAGCAAGCAAGAAGAAAGGUUUCUUUCCUCAAAGCUAGAGUCAGCAAACUACCACCUGUGGGUUAAAUCUUGCAACAGCCUGGUUUUGUAAAUAAAGUUUUAUCGGAACACAAGUCAUGCUCAUUCAUG